AUGCAGAGGCUGCGCUCAAUCGCAGGGCACGACAUGGCAAGGCUGACGAUUGGCACGGCACAGUCUGCGAGGCACCCAGUGCGUACUGUACGACUACACCGCAAAGCAGCACGGCACGGCACAGCACGACACCUGGCACCUGCAUACCACACGCAAGCAGCUCCGCACGCAGCACCGCACACGGCACAACACACAGCACCGCACACGGCACCGCGCAAGGCCCGGCAGCGCCGCCGACCCCGGCACUCGGACAGAGCCCUGAGCCUGCGCCUCGUCCGUCAUUGGCCGCAGCUUGGCUGCGUGCUGUCGCUGGCAUGCUUUCGGCCUCUGUGUGGCGUCGACGCUGUCUCACGCCCCCUCCUUCUCGGGCCAUCUUUCGAGCCGUCGAGACGAACCGGCACAGUGCGGUGCCUACUGUCCACCUACGGUACGCCGGUACCCGCGCACGUGCGUGGGCACCUCUCGUGCCUGCACGCACGCCCUGGGGUGACACGCCACGGUUCGUCGCUCGCCCUCACCUGCUCGGGGGCAUCGGCGCAGCUGAUGAUGGCGUCGCGCGCACGCCCGGGGACAGGGCCGUACAUGCACCGUACGGGUGGAAGCGAUGCGUCGCAGCCAUCGACAGCUCGGACACGGUCACCAGUCACCGAUGUGCAAACAACGGCCGACGCGUGUCGACGGGACACCCAUGGGCUCGCCGCAGCCGGCACCGACCGACACGAGAUGGUCCCGCCGCCAGCAACGGUGGACGACCGCCCUCUGCUUGCCGCUUCCGAUUCCCGCUCCGCCCCGGCUCCGCCCCGGCUCCGCCCCUCUGGCCAAGGUUCGGCUGCCAGCCUCUCCCCACCCCCCGUCGCCUCGCGCGUGGCCGAUGCGUAUCCGACAAGGGCCGUGGGUGGCGGCCGCCAGCAUUGGCCUCGGCCAUGGGUCCGCGUUCUGGAGAAGCGGCCGGCAUGUUCGAGGUGGGACCGGCUCGAGGUGGGACCGGCUCGAGGGUCUCCCGUUUCCAAUCGCGUCAAGCUUCGGCCACGAACCGUCUGCUCGCGAGCCGUCACCCGGUUCCAAAGGCCUGAGGCCAACGGCCAGACUCUGGCAAAUCUCUGCCGGGCGACGACGGAUAUUUCGACGGCGGCAGUCCGUUGGCCAAAGACACGGGGCCGACGACCGUGUGGCCAUGCGUGGCCGGAGCCGAGGACGGCGAGGUGCCAGCAUCAGCCUCUACCAGGCCCAUCCAUCCCCGUCGCACGAGCAGAAGCGCCUCGGCGUCACGGCAUGGUCACGACUCGAUACGCUGGGGGAUCCAUGGCGGUGGAAAUCACGCCCAGCCCCGCGAGGAACGCUGACCUCAUGUUGCCAUUGUUCUGGAUACCGACACCUGGACUGCGGAGUACGGAGGGAUUCUAUUGA